UUAUCGACUUCUUUUCGUGUGUCACUUUCAUGCACACACAAUACUUUUUGUAAAUCGACCAAUUCGUUUAUCUUCAAAUAAAAGCGACAAUAUCCACCUCUAUUACCAUGGAUGACGGAAAAGAAUUAAUUAUCGCCGACAUUUUGAAGAGCAUUGAAAGGUACAAUCCAGACCAUUUAAACAUUCUGGAGGCAUACGUCACCGCUCAAGCUAAGAACAACACCUACGACUUGGAAGCGAAUCUAGCUGUGCUGAAAUUGUACCAAUUCAAUCCGAACAAAUUGAACUACAGCAUAACGCAUUUGAUAUUGUUGAAAGCGCUGACCAACUUUCCACACACCGAUUUCACUCUGUGCAAGUGCUUAUUGCUGCCAGCUCAAAUGCAGGACGAUACCGUCAAAGCCAUCAUUUAUCUGGCCGACAUUUUAGAGACGUGUGACUUUGCAUUGUUCUGGCUGAAAGUUGGAAUGACCGACUUCGUGACCAACAUCACCGGAUUUUACGAUUCCAUCCGAAAGUUCAUUUGCCAUGUCGUCGGCAUUACGUUCCAAACCAUUGAGAAGGACUAUUUGGUGAGGCUGUUGGGUGAUAUUGACGGAUAUGCGCUAGCUUCAUGGAUCAAAAAGUACGGAUGGAAGGACGAAGGAAACUUGGUGUUCAUUUCUUCGCAAGACAAUAAUAUUAAAACGAAGAACAUUACCGAGAAAAUUGAGUUCGAGUCUCUGGCAACAUUGAUGGCCGGUUGUCUAUAAAAGAAAAGUUCGUGUGGCACGGAAAUAAAUUGAUUUGAUUACAACACGAA